AUGAGCUUUACGCCACGUUACGGCUCGUCCGUCACCAGGGACUAUACCUUGCUGCAAGGUCAUCCAAGCUCUUAUCAGCACUUUGGCGCACUGGGAACGAGCCAACCCCGCGAUGCAACUCAUGGUCAAGACGGCGACGGUUACAGCACUCAGGACGAUCACGACAACGAUGACCACGAUGCUGAUGCCGCGACGUCCUCCAUCCACGUGGAUGAUGCUACCGACAACGGGCUGAGUGGCAUAUCGCUGCCUCCCAAUCACCUUGCUGUACCCAACUCGCCCGCUUUUGGCCGUACAAAUAGGCUCGCGACCGCCCCCGUUGCCUCGCCCCGAAAACGAAGACCUAGCGUGAACGCCUACCCACAGGUGGCGGGCAUCCCCUCCGAGUAUUUGCUCGGUGGUUCUGCAGUCCCCCCACCAACGCACCCUGCCGGCUCAGCCUCCAACAUCGCGCUCGGAGCACCCGCUGCGCCCAUCUCGGCUCACACACCCAGCAAGCCAAAUAGAAGCUCGCGAGAACAGAGUCGCGAGCGCCACAGUGAAGAGCUGGACGCCAACGAAUCGACUUCACUGCUGCCCCGACGAAGUGAUGUCCACGCCACACAUGGUGCCAGUGUCGUAUCUGACUCGUACGGUGCCGCGCGUCGCGAGUCAUUGGAUGACGUUAGCAUCGUCAGCGGUAGUGGGCCUAGUGUCAGUGGCUGGGCGGCUGCCAACAUGAUGCGCGAAGCUCCUCUUCCCGGUGUCGAGCAGAUCGAGUCAAUCGCACGCGAAUCUCACGACAACAUCGCUUGGAGGGAAGCUAGGGUCCUCAUCGGCUACACCGUGCCCAUUUUCGCCACUCAUUUGCUCGAACUCUCGCUUUCGGUCGCAUCUGUCUUUUCACUCGGUCAUCUCGGCACAGUCCAGCUAGCGGCUGCUUCUCUCUCCAGCAUGACCGCCAACGUCUCCGGCUUCAGUGUACUUUCCGGCUUCAUCUCGGCAUUGGACACGCUGCUUCCCUCGGCCUACACCCAACAGCCUAAAUCCGUCGGCCUGUGGACGCAGCGCAUGGGCGUCAUCCUCAUAGCUAUCCUGCCCCUGAUCCUUGCCGUGUGGCUCAAUGCCGAAGCCAUCCUCAUUCGGAUCGGCCAGGAUCCCGAAGUCGCGUACCUUGCUGGACGCUACCUCUCCAUCCUUGCCAUCGGUCUGCCCGGUUAUGCGCUAUUCGAAGUCUGCCGACGAUAUCUCCAGGCGCAAGGACUCAUGCACGCUCCUACAGUCGUGCUCAUCUUUGUAUCGCCGCUCAACGCCUUCGCCAACUAUCUGCUGGUGUGGGGCCCUGAAUCGAUUCGUCUGGGCUUCAUCGGUGCUCCGCUCGCUUCUGCGCUGUCCAUGUGGCUUAUGGCUGUCCUCUGCUUCCUGCAGUGCGUUCUGGCUCCUCGCGACGCAUGGGAUGGCUUCACCACCGCCGCCUUUAAAUGGGAUGGCAUCAAACCCGUGCUCUCGCUUGGCUUUGCCGGUAUGGUCAGUCUCGCCGCAGAAUGGUGGGCUUGGGAAAUCGUGGGCCUCGUCACCAGUCAGCUCGGGGUUGUGGCCCUCGCUGCUCAAUCUGUUCUCCUCGUGAGCUCUUCUGUCACCUAUCAGCUGCCCUUUGGGGCCUCGGUGGCCACCGCCGUGCGAGUUGGAAAUUUGCUCGGUGCCAAUCGACCCGACGAAGCUAAGAUCUCCAGCAGGGUCAUGGGGCUGGCUGUUUAG